AUCUCUUUCCUUUCCGUCGUUCCGGAAUCUUAGCUUCCUGGUGUGUCCUUUUAUUAUUAUUAUUAUUUUCUCAAAUUUCUCAGAUUGGAUUUGGAUUUUUCAAUUUUGUGCUCAAUUGCUUGUGUCGUGUGUCGUGUUUGUGUUUCAAAGUUGUUUCAAUCUUUGCUGCUUGAAGCGUGCGGAAGGAUGGUGAAUCUGGUGAACGACGCAGUAGGGUUGCUGUGGAUGGGGAACUGGCAUGUGUGCCAGGUGGCGGUGGAGAUUGUUCUCCUUGGUGGGACCCUUCGACCGUUGUCGAAGUUGAUGGUUUCUCCACCAGCAUCUGAUGAAACUUCGGAAGCAACUUGGACGAAUAUUCGGAAGCUCCAAGAAACAAUGAAUUUGAACUCGAACUUCAGAUUUACAAAUUCGAGAUCCAAGGUCUCGCCAAAGCGAAAGAUGGAGGAGGAAUUUAAGAAACCACCUCCAUCUGAUCUAGAUCGUUGCCUAAACCCUACCUUCACAGCCAAGGAAGUGACGGACCGACACUCCAGCCAGUGUUACAGCCUGCUUGGAUAGUGGGUUUGGAUCAAAGUUGAAGGGAGGAUUUUAUGUUGACCUUGAAGCCAAGCUUUUGUUUCUGGAGUUGUUUGUUUGAGAAGAACAUGCUUUUUUUUUUUUUUUUGGCCAGAGAUUGAGAACCAGCUCGCGCGUGGGUUUGUGACGAACCUAGGCGUAAGCUGGGUUCGUUGCCAACCCAGUCUCGCGAGCUGGGUUCAUCCUCGGUUUGCGAAGAAGAUGAGGAUAGAAAUGGGAAAUGAAAAGAUAAAGGGAAA